CCAACUAUCAGAUCUGCUCAGACGAUUCCCGUCAAGGCAAUGUUAAUUCAUCAGCUUCAACCUGGAGCGUGCUUACUCUCAUGAGACUGACCCAUUCAACAACAUCAAGCUUGCUAGUGGCAUCGCCAUGGAUGCGCAACAUGCCAAAGUCGCCAAACGUCAACCACAGCGUCGUGACCCAGAUGCACGUCGAGAGCAGAACCGCAACGCAUCACGCAACUAUCGCCAGAAGAGGAAAGAGAAGCUCGCUCUGCUGGACCAACUCACCUCACAGUCCACGGUGUCCGUAGACCAACCCCGACAAUCUAACAGUCAUGCCAGCAACAGCCAAAGCAGCAGGGAGGAGUGCCACUCGGCAGAUCCUAUGCUUGACCCAGAGAUCGAACUCAUAGAUCGAGCUGUUGAUCAGGCGGCCUCCCAUGCCCAUGCCGCCCAGAGGAACCACGCUCUAACAGGGCGUCUGACAGAUCACGGCUUCGACGCCCAUCCAUCCAAUGCCCUCUCAACGAAUGAGUCGUGGCAGCUGUCCAACUCGUCAUCAUCUACCUCAUUGACCCCCACGAGCCAUGAAGACGAUGAAGCGGUUCUCGCCGCCCUGCAACACAUCCAGACGCUGAGUGCCUCGCAGAAACGCGCCUUGCUCAGCCAUCUCAAGGAGCAGACGCCCGCUCUCGAACCAACCCCGACCAUCAUACCAGGCGCAACUUGGGCGUCGAGCGAUACGCCACCCGGGCCCCCAAGGAGUCGCCUGCAAGAGGAGGCCCGCCGCUUCGCAACGUUCAUCGACCGGCACAUUACCGGCAAACUGUCCCCGAUGCAGCUGUCGCGCAUCUACGUCGUGGAGGCGGGUCUCUUUGGUGCCCUGUUUGCCAACUGCUACGCGCUCGGGAUGAGCGACAUUGGCCCCAUGAUGGUGGAGGACGGAUGCAGCCCCUUUUCUAUCGACCCGGAGACGGGAUACCACGAGUCACAGCUGCUAGCGGUGAAGCCUAGAUUCCGAAGCAUCACGCCCGACCUGCAGCCCACAGACAUACAGCUCACCUUUGGUCAUCAUCCUUACAUCGACGUGAUUCCCUUUGGGGACUUUCGCCAGAGAACAUUGCAGGCUCUGAGUGCGGAAGACGGGGCCCUGGACGAGGACCAGCUGUGCAUUGACCUGGGAGGCGGGGGCCUGGUUUGCUGGGGCAGCCAGCAAAACUCCCUCGGCAUGGAGGCUGGUGUGCCAUGGGAUGCACGCUCGUGGGAGCCCCAGAUGUGGUUCAUGAAGAAGUAUUGGGACCUCGUGGGAGGGUUCGGAGGGGAGAUGUACAAAAGUCUCGUGUGGUGGCACCAAGCGCGAGGGCAGCAGAUCUCGUGGGAGUAGUGGAUGAUCAUCCCACAUAGUGCAGAAAAUAGAUAUU